UAAUAAACAUCUCGGAGUCAGAUCCACCUCGACUCUGGAUGCUCAGCUUGGGGUGGCAGGCUCGCUCAAGCUCCGGGAUGCUCCAGAUUGAGGUUGCAGGCUCGCUCGAGCUCGGCUCUUGACAGCCCUCCCCGAUGGCUCAGGGCCUCGGUUCAUCUCCUCCUUCUGUUUCUUAAACCUUUCCCCUUCUCUCGGACUCUCUCCUCUCUUGCUCUUCCUUCCCUGGCGGCGACGACUGGGCAAGCGGCUCCACCAUUUUCACGUCUUCGCCCAGCCCGUUGCCGGCGACGAGCGCAUCCUCCAGUACUAAUGUGUCGGGACGAAAAGCAAUUGAUGCACAUUUUGCUACAUUUGGAGUGAUUUCAACGCCGAAGCCAGCAGCUAUGUAUUUCUCUUACUUAAAGAAAAUGCUAUUUCUGCUAACUCAAUAGCUCACUGGCAAAUCGGCUAGUCAUGCUCAGCUGGUUUUGGGUUAUCUGCCAAAAAGGGCUUCUUUGGAGUGUUGCAUGUACAGUGAGGGCUUCUUGAGGAUUGCUAUAAGAGUAUCUGUUUUUGAAAGGAGUAGAAUAAAAAAAAUUAAAAUAUUGUUGCGAAACACAUUGAGCCUGUAACUGUUGUCCAUCAGUAAUAUGGAUGCAUGCUACCGUCUAUAUUUUUAGUGUGUCAGUAGUUUGGAUAUUUUGUGGUUUCUUCAUCUCAAACUGUGAUUUCAAAAUAAGCAUGUAGUUUAAUGGUAAUGCAGCUGGGUUUGAUAAAAAGGAAACUACUGUGUGCUGCAAAGCAGUUAUUUUGUAGUUUAUUUAGAAGAAGUGCAUAGAGUGGUUUUGUGUAGGAUCAUAUCUUGUUGUUUUAUCACUUAUCAGCUUCAGUACUCCUCUUCUCGAUGAACUACUUUCUUAGAAGAAGCUCUGAUUUACCAUCUUUUAUCCAACAGCUACAAGUGCUUCAGCGGUGCCAAUACCAUCCUGUCAACAAGUUCCUCUUGUCACAAAAGGACAACACUCGUAUCAUGGCAAAAGCUGGCAUUUUAGGCCGUAGCAGCAGUGUGCCAAGAUCAAAUGAGAGCUUGCGAAUCAUAUUGUCAGCAGUUAUCGGCAUUAUGCUUGGGUACUUGUUUGGCAUUUCCCUCCCUACAGUUAAUAUAACAAAGCUCCACUUCCCUUCAAGCAUUAUCUCCUAUAUUGAAGACAGAAACUCUGGCAUUACAACCCAAACAUUAUUGAACCAUGCAUGGACGUCUGCUGCUAGUCACAAGAAGAACAAUUCGGUUUCUAACCCGGAUGAAAUUCUGAAGAUUUAUGUACCAACAAACCCUAAAGGUGCUGAAAGGCUCCCACCUGGCAUCGUUGUGUCUGAAACAGACCUUUAUCUCCGGAGAUUGUGGGGUGAGCCUAGUGAGGAUCUUACUAGCCAACCAAGAUACCUUGUCACAUUUACAGUUGGAUACUCCCAGAAGGCAAAUAUUGAUGCAGCGGUAAAAAAGUUUUCGGAGAACUUCACAAUUAUGUUGUUCCACUAUGAUGGUCGGACCACAGAAUGGGAUGAAUUUGAGUGGUCAAAAAGAGCUAUCCAUGUCAGUGUCAGAAAGCAGACUAAAUGGUGGUAUGCCAAACGGUUUUUGCAUCCUGAUAUUGUUGCUCGUUAUGACUACAUAUUUAUCUGGGAUGAGGACCUAGGCGUCAAUCAUUUUAAUGCAGAGGCGUACAUUGAGCUUGUUAGGAAGCAUGGACUGGAGAUCUCUCAGCCUGGUUUGGAGCCCGACAAAGGUCUGACAUGGGAAAUGACUAAACGCCGAGGUUAUUCAGAAGUCCACAAAGUAACUGAGGAGAGGCCGGGUUGGUGUACGGAUCCCCAUCUGCCACCUUGUGCAGCAUUUGUUGAAAUUAUGGCAACUGUGUUCUCAAGGGAUGCAUGGCGCUGUGUAUGGCAUAUGAUUCAGAAUGACUUGGUUCAUGGAUGGGGUCUCGAUUUUGCUCUUAGGAAAUGUGUGGAGCCAGCCCAUGAAAAAAUUGGAGUUGUUGAUUCCCAGUGGAUUGUUCAUCAAGUUAUUCCAUCACUUGGUAACCAGGGCAAGGCAGAGAAUGGAAAAGCUCCGGGGGAAGGGGUAAGAGAACGCUGUCGACAAGAAUGGGGGAUGUUUCAAACAAGGUUGGCAGAUGCUGAGAGAGCGUAUUACUUGGAGCACGGGAUCACACCCCCAAAUUCGACAGGAGCUUAGCUGCCUCAGCAGUCAUGGAAAGGUUUCUGUUUUGGGAACCUGGCACCUGAAUGACCGGUAUUCUACUUACAUCAAAGCUCGGCUCUGCCAGAUUUGUACAGGCAGCCUUGAAUCCUCAUUUUUUAUGCUCUAACUAUUUUCUUAGCGCUGUUCACUUAGUUUCAGUCGUAGUGAAACUAGCUCGUAUGUAACCGAUUCAGCACAGAUAUUGAAUUCUUGUUGUCACUUCUUUCCCCCUGCUGACCUGGUGCACGUUGGCAAGUUUUUAUUUUUUCC